AUGAAUGGGAAACUAUGUGCAAAAGUAAGGGAGUACAGAAGUAUCAAUAGAUUUCUGCUAGAAGAAAGAGUAAGCCUUGUGAUGGACAUUACAGAUCGGGAAAGAAAACUGGAAAAGUCAAAUGUGAGAAAUGAUCCUAAAAGACUAUCUGAAAGCAAUGUCACAGAGAAUGUUGCAACAUCUAAAGAUAUUGUGACAGAAAAGGGUAUGUUGGGUAUCUUCUACCAAAACAUACUCGGCACAUCGGAAGAGUCCUCUAACCCUAAUAGUAUUCUUAAGGUUGUCCCUUUAAGGACGAUUAGCAGUGACGAAGUAAAGGCCAUAAAGCCUAAAACGACUCAUGCAAAACGGCCCAAGGAGGGUAUUCACAACAAGGGUACCAAAUCCUCUGCAUCUGCUACCAUGGAGGAACUUACUAAAGAAGGAUCCAAAUAUGUCGAUAGUGCAAUUACCAGGAUUGUUACUCGCAUUCUGAAGGAGAAUCAUCAAGUGCCUGGAAUAUCUAUUCCUCUUCAAACCAUAAUGGCUGAUCCCCUCAAAAACACUAGUAAGGCUGAGGUUGUUCACACUGUUGAUAGUGACCUAGAAAUCAACAAGGAUGAACAAGGGUUUGCUAAGAAUACCAAUGUCACCGAGGAUGUCAAUGACAUCGACAAUAAUGAGCACCUUAAGGCCAAUACUGAAAUGGAUACUAAUGUGGUAGACUUAGAUGAGUACUCUGACGACGAAUUACUUACCUCCUUGAAUCCUAGUGUAGCCAACAGGCUAAUGACAAGAAGAAAAGGCAAAGCUGUUGUCCAAGGAUCUCCUAAAAGGAGCACUCAAGUGAACAACCCUGCUAAAGACGUUGUCAGGAAGAAGAGUACUUUUGCAGGCCCUGUCAAGAGCAAUGCUGUAACCAAGAGUAAAGGGGUUGGUCCAUCAAAAUCUUGGAGCAGGGUCAUUCCAAAGAAAAGAAAGGAGCGGGAAAUCGUUGAACCUGAAUCUGAUGUUGAAGUGAAUGUCCCUGACAUUCCAUCGAGGAAGAAGCCUACAACCAAUAAGCUUGCUGCUAGUAUUCCUGAAGUUCCCAUUGAUAAUGUGUCUUUCCACUAUGCCUCUAGUGCCAGCAGAUGGAAGUAUGUUCUGCAAAAGAGACUGGCUAUUGAAAGGAAAUUGGCUCUAAAUGCUCUUGAAAAAAGGAGGAGUGUAGACUACAUAAAGGUAUUUGUGAGAGGUAAGUGUGUCUCAUUCUCUCCCUCUGUGAUUAAUAAUUUCUUGGAAAGAACAGAUGAAGCUCAACCUGAGCUUGAAGUAAUAGACAACAAAGUUUGUCAAAUGAUCACAACCAAGGAAGUAAAUAGCUGGCCUCUAAAAGAGAAGCUAACUGCAAGUAAGCUGAGCAUCAAGUAUGUGAUGCUUCACAAGAUAGGAGCAGCUAAUUGGGUGCCAACAAGUCACAAGUCCACUAUUUCAACUUAUCCAAACAUUCUCAAUGAGCAUGAUGUAGUGUGCAAAAGAGAAAGUCCCUUGGCCUUCCAUUACAAACUGUUUCAGGGUAAGCAUGUUCCAGACAUUGUCAUGACUUCAGCUGAAACUUCCAAAUCUGGAGCAUCAGUCAGCAAAGCAGAAGUCAUAGCAAUGCUAAAAGAGACUUACAAAGAACUGGAAUCUAGAAAAAUAUCUCUUGGAAAAAUGAUACGUACUCUGGAAAUGGAUGAGAAUGAGGAAUUUCCAGAUACUGAAAAUAUGGAAGAUAAAGAUGAACAAGAAUUGGAAGAAGAAAGUGCUAGUCCGGCUGACGACUCUGAGAAAUAA